AUGGUUUUAUAUGAUGAAAUUUUAUGCGUGAAAAACCAGACAUGCAAUAGCGAGCUUGCAGGUCGAACCACGAGCUGGGAUUUACCGAGUUUAUUGAUCAAACCAGUACAACGCGUGCUCAAGUACCCCUUGCUUUUCCAGGAAAUGAUUUCCUUGACAAGUCCGGAAGAGCAUGAACGGUUAUUAGCGGCAGCACAGGGCAUCCAGCAGAUUGCAGACCAUAUAAAUGAAACCAAAAGACGCAAGGAUCUCGUAGAUAUGAUUGUGAGCAAAGGAGACGGCAAAACUGAAUUGCGCACGAUCGCUCGACGUGCAUAUCGUAUCAAGCAAGCAGCUGGCUUGACCAAGAAAAACGCAGCGACGCAAGAUGCGCUCUUUGAUGCCCUAUAUGAACGAUUCGAGUAUCAACAAGCACAAGGACGGCAACUGGUAACGGAUAUGCAAUCAUGGGCCGAACGGACCAAAGAGCAUUGUGUCGAAAUUGAAUCAUUUGCAGCUGUGUUGAACGAUCUGUACGGGUCUGGUGGUCCGAUCACCUCGUUUAGUGGCGUGUCCUUUGACUGCAUUUCCCAAGAAACGGUAAGAAUUCUGUUUUUGCUUUAUUCCGUAUGGGAAACACAUAUCAACAAGAUCGUGACGAGCCGAGCCGAGGGUUAUUUUGCCCUAUUUGAAAAACCUGCCCAAGUCAUUGCUAAGCGAGCCAAAAAGCUACUGGAUCACGAUCGUGCAGGAGGUGAUCGCCAAAAAGACGAUGCAUAUAUUGCCAUCAACACACAGCUUGUCGAAGAGCUGCCACAGUUCUUAAACUUGGUGGCCGAAUACUUUGACGUUCUGAUUCAAGAGUUCAGUACUGUGCAGUGUCAGACCUAUCAGCGGUUAUGGCAUGAAUGGUUACGUUUGGAGACGAUGCUUACUGUCAAAGACAUCAGCAGCAACCAAAAUACUAAACAAGGGCAACAGCAACAACGAAAACUACAAGAGCGUGGUGAUGGACGAUUGAACAGCAGCCCCGAUGUGAUCAUCAAGGAGUACCAGCGAAAUAUGCAGGCCAAACUGAUGAGCAUUGUAAUAGAGGGCAAUAGUACCUCAUCUACAACGACAACCAUGACGACAGCGAUGUCAUCCUCUGCAGUAUACGGUGUACAUGGGAUUAUAUCGGAUCCCAAAAUCACCGACGGAACGGGCUCGCUGUUUAGUGAUUCACAAUUUCAAUGCAUUGCCAUACGAGAUUUUGACUCGGAUCAGUCGGACCGGCUAACAAUACGAAAGGGCGAUAUGUUGCAAAUAUGGAUUCCUUCACGACCACCAACACCGUCACCACGAACAACAACAGGCACAGAAGCGAACGAUACGCCAGAAUGGUGGUAUGGUCGGCUGACAUACUCUCCAGAUGCAUGUGGUUGGUUUCCCGGAUCGUGUUGUCAACCCAUCGAUGACGCACAAAACCAAAAGUAG